UCCACCUAUCUUAUGCUCGAUAGUGCAAUUUACUAUCGUCGUGCAUUGAUUAACUUUGCAUUAAGUGACAUUGAUUUUAAGUGUUGUCCAUCUCCUGAUGAAUGGGACAAAAUAGAGAAGAUUUCUAAAUUUCUUGGAUAUUUCUAUGAGGUCACUCUCUUAAUUUCUGGAACCAAGUAUCCUACUUCAAAUUUGUUUUUUCCCAAGGUAUUUGUUAUCCAGCACAACAUUCAACAAGCCAUGAGACACCAAGAUGGCUUCAUGAGACAAAUGAGAUUAGAGAUGAAUAUGAAGUUUGAAAAAUAUUGGUCUGAUUACAGCUUGAUCCUUGGAAUUGCAAUUGUGAUGGAUCCUCUAUACAAAAUGGAAUUUGUAGAGUGGGCCUAUAGCAAGCUUUAUGGUGUGAAGUCUGAGCAGUUGAAGCAAUUCACUGAUACUUUGUUUUCUCUAUUUGAUGCAUAUGUGGAGAAGUGGUCUAAUCCCGAUAAUUCAAGUGGUUUCAUGAGUGAGAGUUGUUCUCAAACUGAAGGUGAAGACACCAUUUUGGAGGAAUUUGAUGCUAACUACAGGAAUGGUUCAACUUCGAGUAUGAAGAAUGAAUUUCACAAGUAUCUUGAUGAAGAAAGGUUGGAAAGAAAGAAAGAGUUGGAUGUUCUUUCUUGGUGGAAAAUGGAACAAUUUCGGUAUCCUAUACUUUUCCAUAUGGCUUGUGAUGUGCUAAUGAUUCCUAUUUCUACGGUUGCAUCUGAAUCCGCGUUUAGUACCGCUGGUAGAGUACUAGAUCAAUACCGUAGCUCAUUAUUGCCUGAUACUGUUCAAGCAUUGCUAUGUACUCGAGAUUGGAUUUUCGGUAAAAAAGACCAAGACCGAACUGAUUUGGAGCAACUUACUGAAGAUGUGUUGGAUUUGACAUUGGACAGACAAGCCCACACCAACUAAAGACUUUUUUAGUUUCAUGUAAUAAUUUGCUUUGAAUUUGUAAUAUUUUAGUUUCAAGUAACAUUGGAUUUAACCUAUU